AUGGUUCAUACGCUGCUCGGGGAUGUGACCAGAAAGGCUUUGCCUCCAGAGGGAAACACCAUGUUCACCUUUGUGCUUGGCAUGGUGGUGUGCAGCACAGAUCAACUACCUACCUAUCUCCUCGACCCUGCUCUUUAUACCGUUUACCAUGGACAGGAGACGCGAGAAUGGAUAAUCGCUCCUUCUUUGUACAUUCCUCGCCACGCCUCUCCAACAUACAUCACGCCACUACCCCAGAUUCCCCAGAUUCAAAACAGAAUCAUGUCUACCUCUUUAGUCCAGACCGAGUCGCCAAACUCGACAGAGAAGCAUGCACAAGAACAGAGUAACGAGCAACAAGAGCCACAAGAGGAUGUGAUACCGAAGCGGACAUUCGGUCAAAAGGCCAAACGACACUGCGCGAGGUUCUGGUGGAUUCAUUUGAUUGUAUUUUGUCUGAUAGUCAUGAUCGUGACGCUGCUCGUCGUCUACGUCGGAUUCCCAAAGAUCGCUCAGGACGGUGUCGACGACUCAUCUCUCGAGUUCCGCGAAGGCUCCUUUACCAACCCAACAUCAAACUCCAUUCGCAUCACCCAGGAAGCAACACUUCACAACCCGAGCAUCUUCAGGCCAAAGUUGGACGCAUUCCCUGCCGAUCUUUACCUGGUCACCAACGGCACUUACGGCGCGGAGAAGAUGCUGACUGUUCCAAUGCCAUCUAUCCACGCGAGGAAGAGGACCAACUCAAGCAUUGACGCAGACGUUCCAAUCUCGAGUGUCGACCAGGUAUCGGCCUACGCUAUUGCUGUCAUGAAGAACGAGUAUGUGACUACAGCUUUGGUAGGCAAGACGAAGCUGCGCUUGGGUAAGCUGCCGGUGCAGACCGUUACGUUUAACUCGACGUCUACAUAUAAGGGUCUCAACUCCCUCAAAGGCUUCAACACGACCGAUCUCCUCUUCGACCUGACCGCGAAGGCCGGAAUGCCAAACCUGCGCGGCAACGCGCAAAUCCCCAACCCAUCGCUCAUGACCCUCGUCCUGGGCAACGUCACCCUCGAUCUCUCCAUCGCCGAGGCAGGAGUCGUUGGCAACGCGACUAUCAACGACUUCGUGCUCCGUCCCGGCGCAAACACGCUGCCCAUGACAGCCAUCAUCGACCAGCCGAAGGUGCUGGCCAGUCUGGAUGCUGCCGGCAAGGUGAACCUGGCCAUCACGGGCAAGAGCUCGGUAUAUAACGGACAGCAUCUGACAUACUACGAGAGAGCACUGGCAAGCAACGUCAUGGUCCUCGAGAUAAACGUUAAGCAGCUCCUGGCCGACAGCACAGCGGCUGCGACAGCGCAAGCUGCCGCUUCCAAAUAA